AUGUCUCUACCCAGCAACAACCCCCAUCCGGUCCUCUCCUCCUCAUCCUCCCGCCAGUCCAUGCACUCUCACUCCGACAUCCCAACCCGACCCGCGCAGAAAGACCACCCUUCAGACGAACAACGCGCCAACCAGCUCACCUCCCCAACCCACGAUAGCCCCGGCGGCGAAGAAACCAGUGGCGCACAAGAUCAGCAGCCCACCAACCCACCAUUCCAGCCCUUCUUCACCCUGAUCGAAGACGCGCAUACAUCGGAAUACCACCACCCAACAGUACACUAUUUGUUCUCCGACGACGACACAGACAUCAUCACAGAAGCAGCGCUGCGCAGUCUCGAAGCGCAGCAGGAGUCACUCCCCGAAUCGAAGAGAGAGCAGAUAAUAGAAGGGCCGCUCCCGAAGGAACAGGAGGUUAGCCCGCGGAAGUCGACUAUAUUAAUACCACCCCCGGUCCCGGGGGUACGAGAGCAUUACAUCAUCCUGGACGUCGCGCAAGACGGGACUCUGCAGAACCCAAUAACGGCUGAACCUUCUGCUGCUCUUGCGGGGAAAGAAGGAGAAGGUGUCACGAAAUCCCUAUCCUCGUCACCCGCCAAUCCACCCACCAUACCACCACCCUCAGGAUUGCCAACGACACAGUUCCGGGUCACAUCAGCCAAGAGCCUCACGCCAACAUGGCAAGUGCUCAAAUCCGAGCUGGUGCCCGCUCCAACAUUUGAAAACAGUAACCCAGGCAAUACACCUGGGCACGGACUCAUGCUCAAAAUCCACGGCACGGCGGGCAUACUUCCCUCCACGCCUCGAGACAAGGCUGGAGGUGGGUCGCAGCGGUUAGAGGAGAUGAUGGAUCAGUUUGCAAAGCGGAUGAGCGAGUUGCAGACUGUGAUUGAGGCGGGUGAGACGGAUGGUUCGGUGACUGUGGAGGAGGGUGAGCUGCAAUCGGAAGCUCAACCUCAAACUCGGGCUGAGGAGGAGGAUUCUACUGAAGUUGGGGUUCGGAAAGAUGAUGAUGAGAGUGCAAGGCAUGCCUCUGGGGAUGUGGAGCACUCGUGA